GUUUCUGUUCGCAGCGACAUCUGCCGUGGUUAGCUGGGAACGCCACCUGCCGGGAUACCUUCGAACAGCGCGUUGAAGUUCCCAAUGAAAUAGACCGGACUACGCCGUUAGCGCCGUUACAUAAGCUACAUUGAACGGAUAUUUAGCCUUACUACCGACUUGCACUUACUAAUCUAAUAGCCUCGGCUGUCAAUGAUUGGAACAUAGUUAUAUGUUCUCAUUGUCAGACAUCGAUUGUUGUCAUCACCGCUUCGUUCAUCGCUGGAUGGCAAUCAUUUUGUUCGUUUGUUUACUCUGGCGCCUCCAUGAGCCGUUCAGCUCGAGUACUUUACCAAUGAACCACUAUAGCUACAUUGUCAGUCUGCAUGUGCUGCAGCACAGUGUAAUCACUUGUGGCUUCCAUCCCACCACUUAAGUGGCUCCACUCUGUGCAGAAAGGUUACGAGCCAUCAGCACCGGCCAGAUCCUGUUCUGGUUUGAAGGUCACCGUCUGCAAAAGAUGGACAACAGUUCAGUUGGGCGACGGAGGCUGACUGCUUUGGUCCGCGGGUUACUGUGCGAGGUGUAUUCGUAUUAUUGAAGGCACAGCGUCAGUGCCAGUUUGCCAAGAGUCCAGCCGCCGCAAUUUCCGUCCCGGUGCCUGAUGUCUGCGCUGGGACACCUCGGAAGCUGGUGGUUGGCAGUGAGUCGACGGAGGUCCAUCGCUCGCCUGUGCCUGAUCUGUGCCGCCGUGCUGGCACUGUACGCGCUCUCUAAGAGCCGACAUCGGGUGUUGGAAGGUCCGCGCCCCUCGCCGGAUGAUGAGCAGCGGUUGGAGAGGUCAGCAGCCCCAGCCUGUCCACCUCCGGAGCGCCUGGUCUCCGCCGCCAAGGGCGGUCGACUCGGCAACAUCAUGUUUGAGUACGCCACGCUUCUGGCGGCGAGUCACAUCCUUCAGCGACCGGUCUGGCUGCUUCCUGAGAUGAAAGACACUCUUGAAAAAUACUUCGAACCGUUAUCGACUCCGGCAUUGCCCCGCGAGUGUAAGUAUAACUGGACGGAGAUAAGCAUCGAUGCGCUGAUUAAGAACGCGUCAAAAGACGACGAAAAGAGCUAUCUAAUCGGAGGGUACCCGACUUCAGUACACCUGUUCCAUCCAAUACGUGACCGGGUGCUGCGAGAGUUCACCUUCCGACCCGAGCUACCCCAGAGUGCUGAUCGACGCCUGGCCGAACUGGCUCACCAAGUCAAUAUGACCUCACCCACCUUCAUCGGUGUACACGUCCGACGAACUGACUACGCCCAGUGGCUGCCCAAGAUGGUAGAAGGCAGGUUGGUGGAUGGAGAUUUCCUGGAGCGUGCCCUGGCGCUGAUGAGGAGCCGCCACCGAGACGCGCUGUUUGUAGUCGUUUCCGAUGAUCUGGAGUGGUGUCGACGUGAGCUUGUGUCCAGAGCGAACUCCUCCGACAUUGUGCUGGCAGGUGAUGGGGUUCAGUCACGUCCCGGUGCGGACCUGGCACUGCUGGCUGCCUGUAAUCACUCCAUUAUCACCCACGGCACGUUCGGGUUCUGGGGGGCGUAUAUGAGUGGCGGUGAUGUGGUCAAACCGACCGGCUACGGCCAGCGGAAGACGGGGGUGGAGAAUAACGUGCGGCGCGCCGGCCUCAACUGGACCUGGAUCGAGGCGUUCACUUCGCAGACUACCGCGGAGGCCGCCGAGAUCGUCGGAGGUAGACGGAGCAGUAAAAGAACGACCGCAGAAUCUGUUAUACGACACUGAAUCAGACUACAUACUACUAGCUCAGACUAUCUUCUCCGGGCUGACGGUCAAACUGACCCACACCAGACAGCCGGUGCAGCGGUUGCUAUGAGUUGCUAUCAAUCCUGCAAAGUGUUUUGCGUUCACAUUGAGCUUGAGAACAUCUCCCGUGCUGCACUCUUACUCCAUUGAUGGAUUGAUUGAUCGGUUCUGGAGCGCGUUUCCGAAGUGCGUGAUUUAGGAGUGAUUUUAGGUUUAAAAUUAACGUUUUCGGCCCACAGCAGCCACACAGUUGUGAACAGAGCUCUCGGCAUUCUCAUCAGGUCAUUUUAAACUGGCCUUACACGUCAACAUUUCUGGCAGAAAACCUUGCAGGUCACGUACUUCGCGAACGUCCGGUCUAUUCUGGAGUAUGGGUGUGUCAUUUGGGGCUGCGCAGCGAAGUCACACGUGGAGCGGCUAGAACGUGCGCGGCACAAGUUCCUCAUGUGGAUGGCAUCUAAAUCCAACAGCACUGUGACGCAUUCCCUGACCUACGAGCACCUGCGGCAGGCGUUUCGGUUUCCCACUUUAAAGGCGAGACGUCUGCAAUAUGACAUCAUGUUUGUGCGCAAUGUUUACCGCGGUCAGGUGGAUUCAGGGAUCUAUUAUAGGUACUUUCCAUUGUCGGUCGCUGCCAUCGCCGGUUAGCCGCUAUAGAUGACUAUGUAUUGCUUUUCCCCGAUUGUUUGCUACGGCCAAAGUUUGCUCUC